UUGGGAGUGGUGUUGGCUGGGGAAACAUGGAGAGGCCAGAGAGAGCCAUACUUGUAAAUUGUGCUUCGGAGAAGAAGAACGCUGCCUUUUGGCCACUAGAGGCCCCUAUCAUCCUCUAUGAGGAGUGCCCUCAUUGCCCUUUCCAUCAUGGCCGCCUGGAGUGACCGACUUGCCGCUCAUAACGCAUGCGCAAUGAUUACAAACAAAUGUUUGAAAGAAAUUUACCGCGAAACUGUUAAAAUAAUGAAGCCUGUCCGGGGAUCGGAACGCGCCUCCUCCAAGGCACCUAAAGGCAAGAAGACAGGCGAGAAGCCAAAUAAGCCCGGUAUAAAGACACGUCAACGGAGAGUAUCUCGGGAGGAGCCCCAGCCAGGAACCAGCAGCCAGAUCCCUCAGCCAAAACCACAGAAGAAGAAGAAAGGUGGCACAGUUGCUAGUCCCAGGAAGCUGAAAGGUCAGGAGAAGUGGAAACCGCUGACCAAGUCCUCCAUUACGGCUCUAGACAACAUACUGGGACUGUCUAUACUGUCUGUUCUGGCCGGAAGACGGACUAAGAAAGAGGAAUCGCAGAAACAUCUGAACAUUGUGAAAAACAGGUUCCUGUCUGAACUGGCUCAACUGCCAGUCCCAAUUCAGAAACAGGAAAUGAUGAGUUAUUCUUCCCGUCAACACCAGGAAGAGACUAGGAAGUCAGCCGUUGGCAAGAAGAUCCUCAACAAGCUGGUGGUGGAGCUGGGUGCUGUGGUGGGCUCUCUAAAACAGCUAGAGAAGGAGAGAGACUCCCUGGAGCACCAGUGUUUUAACCUCCGACAACGACUGGAGCAGCAGGAGGAGAGGAACCAGCAGAUCCUCCAGUUGUCAGAACAAGGAGUCCUGCAUCUCCCACCUGUACCUCAGCGCAGAGACAGACCCUUACAGGAGCAGAUGGUGUGUCUGGUUCAUAGCAGACACUCCGUCACCACGGCCCGUCGCCUCGCCAAGACCCUCCAGACAUCAGGGCCGGUCCAGGAUGCCCAGACCCUGCUGGAACGAGCCUACAGACACGCUGACCGCCUGAUCACUCCACCUACAGCUGUCAGCCAAUAGCAGGACUCCAUCCAGCCUGGUUGGCCAAUAGCAGGACUCCAUCCAGGCUGGUUGGCCAAUAGCAGGACUCCAUCCAGGCUGGUUGGCCAAUAGCGGGACUCCAUCCAGCCUGGUUGGACAAUAGCGGGACUCCAACCAGACUGGUUGGACAAUAGCGGGACUCCAUCCAGACUGGUUGGACAAUAGCGUGACUCCAUCCAGACUGGUUGGACAAUAGCGGGACUCCAUCCAGACUGGUUGGA